CUCACAGAGUCAAACCAGGUACAGUAUUCUUGCACCGUGUAACCCAACCACAAAGUGCGGGGGCGUAUCCGCUCCCCUUCACUCAUGAAUCGUCACCGCGGCCCCGCGAAUCGCCCCGCCGCGAAUCACGCCGGUUGGCUGUCGUGCACAGUGAGCGCCGUGUUCUCGGUGGUGGCGGCGGCGGAGUUCGAGAUCCUGUUUGUCGCCUUCCUCGCCCUCGUCUACCUCCUCGUCCGCGACCUGCUGCUGCAGCCGCGGUUCAGCGGUAUUUUCGCGCACAAGUCCAGCCAGGCGGAGUUUGGGUUCCUCUUUGGCGGGGGGCCCGCAAGGGGGGGCGCAGCUGGGGGGGCGGGCGGAGGCUUUGGCGGAGGGCAAGCGGAAGCCGCGUUCUAGUCCCUACCCUAGCGUUGCGCUUCGUGGUAGGGGGUUUUCCAGCUGCUGCUGCUGCUGCUGCCGCUGCUGCUGUUGAGGGGGGGGGAGUGGAAGGGAGGAGGGGAAGAUUGGAGGCUGGUUGGAGGUAGUUUGAUCCCGUCACCUUAGCUGGCACGCUCCAUUGCGUGCCGCAGCCGCACAAGCGUACUCUCUGGUCGUCUUUCGUUGCCACGUGGCACGUGGAACGCGGCACGUGGCACGUGUGGCGCGUCGUGCACCCAGCCAGUGUGUGCCUUUGCAGCACCACCAUGUUCCGCAACACUUUCCAGUCAGGCUUCCUCUCCAUUCUCUACAGCCUAGGCACCAAGCCCCUUCAGCUAUGGGCCAAGGAAGAGGGCGAGGGCACAAUCAAGCGAGUGACAGACCCGGACAUACAGUCUUCCGCCAUUGAGCUGCUGUCGCCCAACAUCCGCACCACGCUCAUCUCGUGCCCGCCCGACCCGUCCGCCGCGCUGGGCAUCAAGCUGCCGUUCCUGGUGCUCGUGCUCAAGCCGCUUGACCGCUUCCUCUCCUUCGAGGUCACCCUCAUGGACGACAAGAAUGUCAAGCGCAGAUUUCGAGCCUCCAACUACCAGUCCACCACCCGAGUCCGUCCGUUCAUCUGCACCAUGCCUCUGCGCCUGGAGGCGGGUUGGAACUCGCUGCUCUUCAACCUGGCGGACUUCACGCGCCGUGCGUACGGCACUGGCUAUGUGGAGACGCUGCGCGUGGCCGUGCACGCCAGCUGCCGCCUGCGCCGCAUCUACUUCUGCGACCGCGUGUACUCGGAUGAUGAGCUGCCUCCGGAGUUCAAGCUCUUUGUGCCCUCCAAGGUGAAAUAACUGCAUAGUCGCCGUGUCAGUUCUGCGGCAAAUUGUCCCUUUCCUGCCCUUCGCUUAUGUGCUCCUUAGUUCGUCACUCGCUUCCAACCGUCCCUUAGGCCCUUAGAGACCUUCAUGUGCCAUGCAUGCCAUGUCUCUCUAAGUAAUGUUACAAUUUGGUUCACUUCAAUUGCUUUUCUCUCUUGGAUCCUU